AUGGAUUCUCAAGAUCAGCUACUCGAAGCUCAGGCGCAGAUAUGGAGUUGGGCGUUGAGCCACAUCGUGACCAUGUCAAGGAAAUGCGCCAUCGAGCUAGGCAUCCCUGACGCCAUCCACAAACACGGCCGGCCACCACCCGCGGCCGACGGCAUCUUACUCUCUCAGCUCAUCUCCAUCCUCCAAAUCCCACCGACGAAAGAAGAAGCUUUCGGCUGCCUCAUGCGCAUCCUCAGCACCAAGUCCGGCGGUCUCUUCUUCUCCAUCCAACCACCGAAAGGAGAAGAGGCGACCGACUGGACCCACUACUCGCUGACUCCAGCGUCUCGCCUGCUACUGAGGGACCAUCCUCAGCAGCAGGUGGCGCUGGUGCUGCUUCAGCUCCACCCUGCUAUGAAGGACCAGUGGUCCGUCCUCAGCACCUGGCUCCGACGAGACGACGGCCACGACGACGUGGUCGUCAACGGUGGCAGCAGCCGCGGUGCUACUACGCCUUUUGAGAUGGCGAACGGCAUGUCGUUUUGGGACUACGUGGGCGGCGGCGGCGGCGGGACCGGUGGUGAGGAGCUGAAGGCACUGUUUCAUGAGAGCCUCGCGAGCGACUCGAAACUGCUUGUCGGGGCCCUGCUUUCGAGGUGCAUGCACGUGUUCCAGGGCGUUGCGUCGUUGGUGGAUGUCGGCGGCGGUACGGGGACGGUGACGGCGGCCGUGGCUGAAGCGUUUCCGGAUAUGAAGUGCGCUGUUUUGGACCUCCCGCACGUCGUCAAAGAGCUGCAAGGGGCUCAUCCUAGGGUUGAGUUUAUCGCCGGGGACAUGUUCCAAAAUAUUCCCUCAGCAGAUGCCAUCUUACUCAAGUGGGUCAUCCAUGAUUGGGACGAUGAACGCUGCGUGAAGCUGCUGAAGCUCUGCAAAGAAGCAGUCUCAUCAAAGUGUGGCGGCAAGGUUAUCAUCGUAGACACUGUUCGUGGAAUGAACAAGAACAAGGUUUCUAAUAAUUCACAAUAUUAUGGGGAUGAGAUUGAUCAUUGCCUUGAUAUGCUGAUGAUGGCUCUCGUUAAUGGGAGAGAGCGAGAUGAGAAGCAGUGGAACAAGCUGCUUGUAGCUGCUGGCUUCUCUAGCUUCAAAAUCCAUCCAGUUCUGGGCGUCCGAUCCCUUAUUGAAGCUUUCCCUUGA